CCGGCCCGGGCCGCUCCCGCCGCGUUCCGGGGCGGCACCCGCUGCUGACGGGGGCUCCGGGGCCCCUGCGGGUCGUGUAGGGCCCGGUGUCCCAGUCCGGCCCGUCUCGGCCAUGGCGCACUCGGCGCCGCUCGGCCUCCUGGAGCAGGGCUGCCCCAUCCAGGUGGAGCACGAUCGGAAGCGGCGGCAGUUCACCGUGCGGCUGAACGGUUGCCACGACAAGGCAGUGCUGCUCUAUGAGUACGUGGGGAAGCGGAUCGUGGACCUGCAGCACACAGAAGUGCCGGAUGCCUAUCGGGGGAGAGGAAUAGCCAAGCACCUCGCCAAGGCAGCCCUGGACUUUGUGGUGGAGGAGGACCUGAAAGCUCACCUGACGUGCUGGUACAUUCAGAAGUAUGUCAAGGAGAACCCACUGCCCCAGUACCUGGAACACUUGCAGCCUUAAGGCAGGACAGCCCUGACACCAGCGCGCCUGACCCUGACUGUUCAACGCAGCCUUUGCUUCUCUGCAGUCUCAGGAAACCCCCCUUCCCACACUCACAAUUCCCAUUUGUUUGAGGGUGUCCAUGUGGUCCAUGAGUGUGGGCACAACCUCCUCCUGUCUGCCCACCUGUGAGCAUGGCUGUGGCCCCUGGGCCAGGCUCCAGCCACAUGUGGUGCCCCCCAGUGCUCUUUUUGCCAAGCCAAGGAGUAGAAGAGGAUGAUUUUUCCACCAAACUCCAUCACAAGACCAGGGGAUGACUUGUUCUGUGCCUCAUCCCCUCUCCUCUGCUUGGUAACAGCUGUGAACUUGCUGGGAGAUGUUGGUUAGGGGUGGUCGUGGGGUACCAGCCCCUCCUUUCCUCCCAGUAGCUGGGAGAGAUGUGGAUUAAGCCUUGUGGGACAGAGGGAGGUGCUGGAGGAGCCCCAGCCCUGUUGCAAGUUCAUCCCCUGCAGCAUCUGUUGGACACCAAGCCUUGCCCAAGCCCAUGCAGGGCACAGGUGAGAACAUGUGGGCCAUGGUGGUGCUUUGGGGGCUUCGCUGCGCUGGCUGUGGAGACACUCGGACAGUGACACCUUCAAGCCUAGAGACAGGAGCCAUGUGAGGAGAGGGCUUUGGCCACAGGGACUGCAGCAGAGCAUACACAGUGUGAGUGUGGAGAGGAGAGGGGUUGGGGUCACAGGUGCUGCUCCCUAGAGAUGCCAGCUCCUGCCCAGCCAUCUGUAUGUAGCCCCAGCAUGGCAUCCCCACAGGGUCGUGGGCCAUUGUUCUUGUCUCUGCUCCUUGCUCUUGGUGUCGACUGUGCUGGUGUGGACACAGCCUGCUCAGGAGAAGAACAUCAGCCCUCAAGGCCAGCCCUGGCCUAAGCAAUGAGGACACAACCCAUGCUUUUGCAGGCACCAAGGUGGUUUCCUGCAGCUGAUGAAGAAGGCUCCCCCCAUCUCCCUUGACUUCAGCCCUGCACUCCAGGUUGUAAGGCUUGAGCCGUCAUCGCGUCCUGAGAGCAUCAGGGGUGAGGCCUCCAGGGCCUGGGCCUCGCCUGUCUUCAGGGCUUGACACUGGAGCUGCCUGCCUCAUCCUGGAUGCUGAUGACUCCUUACAGCCAUUGGAAAGAAGUCCUGGCUCAGGGCAGUCCCUGUCUGCUCACUGGCCUCCUUGCAGCUCCAGGCCCCGGUGCUGGCGGCAGCGUGGGGUCCUGGGCCAGCAGCAGGAGCACCCUCAGAUCACACUGUUCCCUCUGUGGAUGGUGACCCCGUGGCACAGCUCAGCAUUGCUGCAGAGGAUGUAGAGGUAACACUGUGAGGGCAGGGCACUGCCUGCCUCCAGCCUGCUGCCUGUCCUGCCUUGCCUGGGCUCUCCAGGCCUGAGCAAAAUCCCAGAGCAUCUCCUGCUGAGCAUUGGGGAUUUCAUGGUGUCCCAGGGCUGGGCUGCAGUGGGGGAGAUGGUGCUGCUGGCACACCAGCCCUGGGCAGCUGUUGGAGGCUGCAGCCAGGCAGAACAGAGAUAAAGCCCUUUACCUGGAGGCUAAAUCCAGACCUACCUUAUCUCAGCAGGGACUAAAGUUUACAAUCUGUGUCACGACCGAAUGAAGCCCCAGCCAUGAGGCAGCUCAGCCUUCUCUUAGAUCCCAGUGCAAAGUCCAUGCUGGCAAAGGCAAAAGUUCCUACAGCCUUUUCUCCUGGUUGGGUUGGUCAGAGAUGGAGACGGUGUGCCUGAUCUCAGCCAGGGAGGCCCUGAGCUGAUCCUCCUGGCCACAGGCUCGAGGUGAAGCCCUGCUGCCUGCCCCUGCUUGUCAGCUGCCCACUGCAGCCCUCCCCGCCCUGCCACCCUGCAGGCUGCCCAUGUCCCUGCCUGAGGAGGGACCUGUGCCUGGCAGCAGACCCAGCUCCAGCUCAUGUUGCUCAGGAAAGGCAGUGGGCUCAGCCCUGCUGCUGCCUUGUGCUUCUGCCCUCUUGCUGCCUAUUUCAGCCUGGCUGCCACCUUCAGGAUAUCUUGGAGGAACUGGGAACGGGUCACAACUAAAGAAAAGGGCUCAAGAAGAAAUCUGGGCUGCUAAAUGUUUAUUCUUUAACAUGCAAAAUACACUUCAAUGUCUAGUUACAGGAGCAAGGCUGGCUCUGUUACACCCCAGUGCUGACAGAACUGUCCCUGCUCUUGAUCUCAAGGUGAAACUGAACCGUCUCCUCUCCUGCAAGCCAAGCCAAGACACCAUUGUAUCUUUGUCAUGGGGCUGGGUGCUUUGUGGCAGCAGUAACUGCAAGCCUUUGCCCUGGUUCUGUGCUCAUUUCCACUGUGUGACAGUUCCCAGAAGUACCCUGUGGUGUCUGCCGUGGGAGCGUGGCUCGCUGUGCUGUGGUCACAGGAAGGUCCCAGCAUCCAAGCCCUGGAGCCCAUCGUGCUGCUUCUGCAGAAACCUGGUGCUGUCUGAUGCUGGAUCACAAGUGGCAUUUGCUGCCUUAAAUCAGGCACUGCACACAGUUUUGCUGCUGCUUCCUUUCGAGGUGCUACAAUCCCCGCGGUGUCUGACCCGAUGGAGACGUGUGCCGGUGUCCGUGCCAACCCUGUCAGUGCUGUGCCCAUCCUCCCCCCCAGCCUUGCCUUCCCCGUGGUUUCUGAAGAAUAGCAAUACCCUCAGGUCACCAGCGAUGCCACGAUGCUCCUGUGAUCUGGCACUGCCAGCUGGGAGAUGGCUCGGGGUCCCUUGGUGUUGGGCAGCCCUCCCUCCUGCCUCCCUCGCCCAACUCGUCUCUGCAGGAAGGAGCUGAGUCCUGCACUGCCCCUUGGUGCUGACUAAACCUGGAGGAGUUGGGGAUCCUGAACUCUCUCCAGCAAUGGGAGCGUGGAAGUGGUUUGGUUGAAUAUUGAGGUCCCCAAACCCAGCUGAACUACAGACCUUGGUGGGUGGGGAAAUGCAGAUUGCUGUCCAACCUGCUUCCACAUCACCCAACUUGAAACACCCCCGUCCACUUUCCACUUGUCUUCCUCUGUCCGAGGUUUCCAUUCUGUUGACUUCAGUGGUUACGAUGUGCCUUUCCUUCUCAGGACCUGUUACAAACGACCUUUCUGCUUUUGUUUACGUCUAACAUUUAUCUUUACCCCUCCCUCUGUCAUACUAUAAAACAUGAACAUAUUGCAUGAAAUUCAAUACAAUAAAAAGUGUGGCUUAACUGUCCUGCA